AUGCAAAUCAAGAAAUCUGCUCUCGCCGCUACGGCUCUCUUCGCCUCCUCUGCGCUUUCGUCGUAUGUGGCAGGAGACCCAUGGGACACAUUGACGCCUACGGGCACCUACUCUGGAGCGAUCACCUCGUACGCCUCGACGUUCGGCAUCGCCGUGGUACCGCUCGCCACAGAGAAGGCCUCGAAGGCCAAGCGCGCAGUGCCGGUCUCGCAGAUCGGCGACGGGCAGAUCCAGGCUACCACCAAGACCACCGUGCCCGCGGUGUCGCAGAUCGGCGACGGCCAGAUCCAGGCCACCAAGACCACUGUGCCCGCCGUGUCGCAGAUCGGCGACGGCCAGAUCCAGGCCACCAAGAGCACCGUGCCCGCCGUGUCGCAGAUCGGCGACGGCCAGAUCCAGGCUACCACCAAGACCACCGUUCCAGCAGUCUCGCAGAUCGGCGACGGCCAGAUCCAGGCUACCAAGAGCACCGUGCCAGCCGUGUCGCAGAUCGGCGACGGCCAGAUCCAGGCUACCACCAAGACCACCGUUCCAGCAGUCUCGCAGAUAGGUGACGGCCAGAUCCAGGCUACAACGAAGACCAGCGUGCCAGCUAUUUCCCAGAUCGGCGACGGCCAGAUCCAGGCUACCAGAUCCACCACCACCCUUUCGAACCCAGCCUCCCAGAUCGGUGACGGCCAGGUCCAGGCUACCACUGCUCCUGCUCACGACGACAAGCACGACAGCAAGGACCCUGUGACCGCCGUGUCCUGCAGAUCCGAGGGUACUCUGGAGUUGACGCUCAAGGAUGGUGUCCUAUACGACGGCGCCGGUAGAAUCGGUGCCAUUGUUGCCAACAGACAGUUCCAGUUCGACGGCCCACCACCACAGGCCGGUGCUAUCUACGCUAAGGGCUGGUCCAUCACCCAAGAGGGCAACCUGGCGCUAGGCGACAACGAUGUCUUCUACCAGUGUCUAUCCGGCUCCUUCUACAACCUAUAUGACGAGAACAUCGCGCCACAAUGCUCCCCAAUCAAGCUACAGGCUAUCGACCUGGUCACUUGCUAA